AUGAAGGAAGGCGUCUGUAAGACGCCGUCCGUCAGUGGUCCUGAGAUUGCUGAGCUUGAAAGGCUAAUUGAGCAAAAAAAUCAGGAACUUGAAAAGCAAAAGGAGAGCCGUGAAAGGCAAAUUAAUGCGCUUAAAAAUGCUUUAAGUGUGCCUAAAAGCAAAAUUGAGUCUGAGAUCUCCAACCGUCAAAAGAGUGUUGCUGAGCUUGAUAGGCAAAUUGAAGCAGAGCGUAAAAGGCAAAUUGAUGAUUUUCAAAAACAGGGAUAUGAUGCUGAAAAAGCAAAAAAAUAUGUCUCCAUUCCCUAUCAUCUUUCCAAUUCUCUUGAAACUGAGCAGGCUAAAUUGAUGUCUCAUGAGGCUUCGUUGGAGUCUCUUGAAAGUCUUGGAAUGCUUAUUACAUUUCAUCAGAGUGUUCAAACUCCUCAAAGUGGAGAAUGUGAAAACAUUUUAGAUAAAUUGUGUACAGGUCUCCAAACAUUUUUAGGGUACAAUGAAACUUCCAAAGGCUACGAUGGCACUGGCAUCGUGUACUCGGACCUUGACAGGCUGUGCGACGGGGUGAUGUCUUUCCUUCAUGGAGUUCUUGAGAGUGUUAAGGAUGAUCCAAGCGUUUCCACAUAUAGCUUUAUAUCACAAAAGACCUUAAUAAAAUUUUAG